ACUUGACCUCGCGCCGCCUCCUCUUUUCCUCCCUCCCCCAAUCUCUCUAAACCCGCACCAGACGCAGACGCAGCUCUUCUAGGGUUUGCUCCACCCCCAAACCCUACCGCCAGAUUGCCCCGAAUCCCGACUACGACCGAGGCGGCGGCUGCGACUGCGAGCUAGCGCCAUGGCGGGGUACCCGGAGGACAACCAGCACGCCAUGAACGGCUACGAGGAGGUCGAGGAAGUGGAGGAGGUUGACGAGGAGGAGGGCCACCAGGGGAGGCGGGGAAGGCGAGAUGGGGGCGAUGGCCUUGGAAACUACGGCGACGCCGGUGGGGACGACGGCAGGGCGGGCGGUGGUGACUCGUCGGGGAAGAUUUUCGUCGGAGGCGUUGCUUGGGAGACCACUGAAGAAUCAUUCUCCAAGCAUUUUGGGAAGUACGGGGCUAUAACUGAUUCUGUAAUUAUGAAGGACAAGCAUACUAAGAUGCCUCGUGGAUUUGGAUUUGUUACAUUUUCUGAUCCAUCUGUAAUAGACAAGGUUUUGGAGGAUGAACACAAUAUAGAUGGAAGAACGGUUGAAGUAAAAAGGACGGUCCCGAGGGAAGAAAUGUCCACAAAAGAUGGCCCCAAGACAAGAAAGAUCUUUGUUGGUGGGCUACCAUCAACACUAACUGAAGAUGAUUUGAGGGAUCACUUUUCCUCAUAUGGUAAGGUGGCUGAACACCAGAUAAUGGUGGAUCACAGCACUGGGCGCUCAAGAGGUUUUGGCUUUGUCACCUUCGAAAGUGAGGAUUCUGUUGAAAGGGUCAUAUCAGAGGGAAGAAUGCGUGAUCUUGGCGGGAAGCAGGUUGAAAUAAAGAAGGCUGAACCAAAGAAACAUGGAGGUGAUCACAGUAGUAAUGCGAGAUCUAGUCAUGCAGGUGGUGGUUACCGUAGUUCUUACCGUAGUGGUGGAGCUGCUGCUGGUGGUGGUAAUAGCGGCGGUGGUGGUGGCAGUGCUAGUGGCUAUGGCUAUGGUGGUGCCCAUCGAUCUGCUGCUGCUGGAAGUUACUACGAUAGCACAGGAUAUGGUUAUGGUAGAGGAGGCUAUGGCGCUGCCUAUGGAGGCAAUGCUGGAUUUGGGUCUGGCUAUGGUGGUGGGUAUGGUGGCUCUAUGUACGGAGGUGCUUAUGGUGCAUAUGGAGCAUAUGGUGCCGGUGCCUAUGGCGGUGGUGCUUAUGGUGGUGGUGCCUAUGGUGGUGGUGCAUAUGGAGGUGGUGCUUAUGGUGGUGGUGGUGCCCCAGGUGGCUAUGGUGCUGCAGGUGGGUAUGGUAGUUAUGGGGGAGCAGGGGGUGCUGCUGGUGGCGGGAGUGCAGGUGGUCGUGGUUCUAGCAGGUACCAUCCGUAUGGGAAGUAAGUGCCAACUCACCCAAGUUAUUUCUAGGAUGCAAUAAGCGGGUGCGUCAUCAUCAGAUCUCCUAGAAGUUCGGCAUUCAUCUUGGUCACCUUAAUCGGAGGCAUCAGAACAUUUUUGGUUUUGCUCAAUUAAGUCGUAACCAGGGACAAGUGUUAUCUUUGUUGCUGAGCCUGCCCAUAGUCCGGUGUAGAAGCUACACAUUUAAGCUGUGUUGUAUUCUUUAGUUUCUAUACGCAGAGCGUUAGAAAACCCUUGAACUAGCCUUUCGUGGUAGUAACAGUAUUGGUGUGAUAGAACCAUAUUUGUGCUGUAAGAGAUUGUCUACACAUUAAGCUGUUGCCAGUUUGAGCUUAUAUGUAGGGGUAACUUUGAACGAUUUGGUUU